AUCUCGGGCGCGGGUAACCACCGCCCGUCUCGAGUUUCGACAUCCAUCUCGCGCGCCAUGGUUUCGCGCCCCAUCGAUGUGCUUUGCGAGGAGGAGCGGCUUCGGCGGCUCUCUGAGCGAAUGGCCUUUGACGAUGGCGAUGGUGCAGAGCCAGCGCGCCAACGCCGCGCGCGGAUUUUGGUGGAGGAGAUGACCACCAUGGGCCCCCGGCUGCGGUCCCCCUCCAGCGAGAAGCGCCGGUCCAAGGCGGUGAAGGCGCUGGAGGCGGGGCUGCAGGCGCGCUGGAAGGCGGUCGUCCACGAGAUGGCGGAGACCCCGAAGCGGGCGUCCGAAGCCGAAAAGCAUGAGAAAAAGGCGGAGCCAAAGGUAGAGAUGGACGCCUUGGAUGGCGUGACUGUGCGCUCAGUGGUUGGGCUUCGAGGUUUGUCGCAGGUGCCCCCGGAAGUGGAGGCAGUAGUGCUCGCCGUGCUGCAGCUGGUGAGCAGCGACUACCAGCCCGACGGAGACCAGCCUCCGCAGACCUGGGAGGAGGCGCGCCGUGUGCUGCUGAAGCCGGGGCACUUCGUGAGCUCCCUGCGGAAGUUCCACUUGGCGCUGGACCGGGGCCAAGUGUCUGGGGCCUCUUUGGCUUACGCCACCCGCCAACUGGAACUCGCGGGUGAAUUGGGUGACUCCACUGGCGUGCACGAGGGCGCGCAGCAGCUCCACGCUUGGCUCCGAGCGGCGCUCGGCUUGGCGGCCACCGCUCGCCUCAGCGCGGUGGCCAGCCCCGCUCGCGCUGGCAUGGAGGCCUCAUUGGGCGCGGUGGUGAAUGCGGCCAACGCAGAAGCCUCGCCCAAGGCGAAGAGAGCAGUGGCCUGGGGCGGGGCCAGCGAGAUGAAGGCGGAAGGAAUGGAGGAGCCUCCAGGUGUGAAGGAGCUCGGGAGGAGUCCGGAGAGUGACGCAAAAUACGAGGAGAAGGGCGAGGCGAAGCCCAAGGCUCCGAAGUCGUCACCGCUGAGGUCGACAUCGCCCAAGUCGUAUCGCCCCAGCGGCUACAGUGGCCCCAGUAGUGGGCAAGUGAAGUCGGCUGCUACUGCGACUACGCCCAGUACCCAAGGGUCGGCAAGAUCUGCCGGCUUCAAUGUGUCCUGGUCCAGCCUCAGUGGGGGAACCGCCGGACCGAGCGCCGGAGCCAAGCCGGCGUCGCGGUCCCUGCGCAUGUCCGUGGCAGGCACAAGUCCAAAGCGACGUGCGAGCCCAUCGCCGACGCCAGCGGCUUCAAAGCCAACACCGAAGGUAGUGUCUGCCAAAUCCCAGCCACGGAGGCAGGCGGCCAACGGCGGCGCGGCGUCACCACUGCCUAAACGCCCGUCAGAGGUGCAGGUGAAGGCUCGAUCUCCGGCUCCCUCCUUAACUCGUUCCCGGAGUGCGGGGCGCGAGCUGAAGGCGAACCCAGGUCCAUCCAACCUCUCAUUCGCAACGAUCUCGGCGGCUGCUGGCAUACAAGCUGUUGGCAUCCCAACCUCGGAUGACUUUGCCGGAGCCCGGAUUCGGCUGGACCGAGAGAAGAAGGAGGUGCGGCAGAUCAAGGCUUUGGAGUCGCAGAUCAAGUGGGAUAUGCAGCGAGAAGAGACGCGUCAGACCGAGCUGGAGAGGAGGGAGGAGGCCCGGCAGAUCAUGGAGUGGAGAGAUCAAGAAGUUCGUGAGAUGCGGGAGUACGUGGAGGGCAAGAGCCGGGAGCAACGCGCCCUGGAACUCCUCGAGUCCAAGGAAUACCAGCAGUUCAAGCGCGACUGGAAGCAAGCCAAGAGAAAGGAGGAGAUCGAGCGAAUCAAGGUUCAGCUGGCGGAGGAUCAGGACAACGCCAAGUGGAGGAUCGAGCUGCAGAGGGCGCUGGAAGCGGAUCGCCGGCUGCUGCUUCAGGAGGCCGCGGAGGCGCAAGAAGAGCUCAAGGAGUUGAAGGAGAAGGAGCGCCAAAAGGAGAAGUUCAUGCAAGAAGAGGAACGUGCGCACGAUAUCGCGCUGGAGUAUGCCCACCAGGCCCAGCAGAUCAGCUCGGAGAAGGAGGCGCUGCUGAGGUCCCUGGCGCUGCUCAAGGAGCGGUCCAAGACCUCGGUGGCCGGCACCGCCUCGCGCGUGGGCACGACUCUGUGGUCCGCAGCCCGCUGAGAGGAAGAUGGCCGGGGCUUGCUGUAGCUAGGGAGACUCAUCCUUCGCU